GGGCUGAGCGCCGAGCUGCGGAUUGGAGCCGCCCGGGCAGAAGCAGUCGCGGGCGGCGUUCGUCGCUCGUCGCUCGUCGCGGGCGGUUUGAAGGCGCCAGGAUGGCGGCCCAGCGGGCGGGCCCUAGCACCGCGCCCGCCGCUGCUGGCCCGAGGGCGGCGAAGGCCUCCACGACCGGGGUGGAGGAGAAGCUGGAAGUGGUGACGCUGCUCCGGCUGAGGGAGCAGAUAAAGCAGCAGUUCAUGGAGUGCAGCACAGUUGUUAGCGCAGGUGAGGAAAGCACUCCUGAUCAAGUCAUGGAAGAAGGAUUAAUUGAGGCUACUGUGGAAGAACUGGAAAGAGAAAUGGAACAAGCAAAGAUUUCUUUCCAAAACAAGACAUUGGCAUUGCAUAGGGUCCAGCUUAUGAAUGCCCUCCGAACCAAACUGAGAAAAAAUGAUGAUGACUCGAAGUUAAUCUUGGAGACGAUAAAACGCAUACUAAUGCUUAGUACUGCAGCAAUUGAAUCUCAAAAGCAAGCACGUGAAAUGGAAGAAAAGCUGAAUGAUAUUAAAAGGAAACGACUCUCACUAAAACAAGCUGGAGAAAAAAAACUAUUACAGAUUCACACCAUGAAGAAAAAACAAAAAGAGGAACUAGAAAGUAUUGAAGUGGGAGAAAUGCUAAAGAGGAUACGCAGAAACUUGCAAAAAGAAACAGAAAUGACUACAUUAAUUCAAAAUAUAUUUCAGAGUAUCAUCAUUGGAAGCAGAGUCAACUGGGCAGAAGAUCCAGCUUUAAAGGCAAUUGUUCUACAACUUGAGAAAAAUGUGGCUCUUAUCUGAAAUUUUAAACAAUAAACUUUCAGAAAUGUUUAGCUUCUAUAUAAUAAACAAUUGAGUAGAAGCCAAAUGAACUAAUAGAAAUACUGGAAAUACAAUCUAAGUGUUGCUUCUCCAGCCUAAUGAUCUGGGCAUUAUUAUGCAGCUCGUCAAAGCAGAGGUUAAAUCCUUGGUAUAGAACAAAAUUGCUUAAUGGACUAACCAAGGGUGGCAAACAUUUGAUCCCCUCAGCCUACUGUGGCUGCAAAUAUUCCCAUCCCUCUCCCCAACCCCUCUUAGGUCAAGCUGCCUGCACUUACCCUAGCUUCAGAUACCUUCAUUGCAGUGGAGCCAGGUAAGCACAGACAUGAGAGAACAGCAAGAAGGGUUGUAGAGAGGUGCUAUAGAGAACAGCAGCAUGCUGCCCUGGGCUGGGUCAGAGCUCCUCAUGGGCUGGAUUCACCCAUGGGCUAGAGCAGGAGUACUUAACUUCCAGCCAGCAGGCCAAAUGCAGCCCAUCCAGCCUGCCUGGGAAAAAGGUUAGGCACCACUGGGCUUAGGGGAUGCUGACAUCUGGACUAAACUAUUACAUUAGUUUGACCUGAGUAAAGUGCUGUUCAUAGCUUUUUGACCAUAAGAGAUAUCAGGAAGGAAACUUGCAAUUCCCUCUGUUACCCCUUUGCUCCAGGAUGGAAAGUAAUCUAGCUGUUGUGCUGAGGGUGGUAAAGCAGCAUCUUGCUUCCACUACUCUGAUGCAGGCAUUUCUUAGAGGACCUCCCAAAUCUGUUGAUCUGUAAAAUACUAACUCUAGAAAGCUUUUAUGUGGCCAGUGUUUUUCAUAGGCCAUGACUGAUUACAAUGUAGUCCUGUUUUUUUUGGUUUUUGCCAAAAAUCCUACCUAUAUUUUAAACUCAUUUUAAAAGUCGUACUCAUUUUUAUCUUCUAAAUGAUGAUCAACCUGUUAACAUUCUCUUUGCCAAAAUAUAGCCAACCUUGAAGAAAAAGCAGGUAGUAUAGAAAAUUAAGUGAAACUUCUGUAAUGGGGAUGUCAGACUCCCUUGGUCCCUUGGGCUGGAUCUGGACUGCAGGGGGCUUUGUGGGCUGAAUCCAAACCAACCUUGAGUAGUGGUGGGUUGAGCAGUGUCAGGGAGCCAGGGGGUUAAUGCAACCAUCAACUGCCCCUGUGAUGCUGAGAUGCAUCCCUAAUAGAGUUCUAUACAUCAGAAUUCAGGGACGGGGCUUGCAGCUGGAAUUCUUGGCCUUUCCAGGAGCCCCCAUGGGCCAGAGCUUAUGACACCAUUGUAUUAUCAAAUCUGGAUCUAAAUUAGCUAUACACUUUUUCAGUGUUUUAAUUGCCUACACAAUGUGGACGUCUUUAUACUUGUACUUCAUCCUAUGCUUGAAUAAAAAUAAUCUAGUAAAUAA